GACAGUACUUGUCUUGUCAAAAGUCUGAGACCAAAAUUUUGAAAAUAAUAAUAAAAGAAUACCCGGCAAUAAAUUGUAGUGAAUCGUUAAAUAUUUUUGUGUUUUCCAUAAUCCAUAUUAAUGAUGUCGGCGCUGGCGAGAGAAUACAUAGCUUACGCCAGACAACUCUCUUCCAAUGGCUGUUUUGCAAAGGCUGUGGAUUUGUAUUUGAUGGCUUUUGAAAAAAAUCCACAGCUUAGACCACUCUUUGAACCGGAAUUCAGGUCCAAUAUUAUGAAGCUAAAUGAAGUGUUGGCGGCUGCUAACAAGAUCGAAGACAUAUUUUCCAAUUUUGGCAGAGCUAUCAACGUGUUCCCAGACAACGUGUAUUUGAUGAAUGAAAUCGGUAAAUACCUUUACAAGUUCGGUUACUACGCAGAAGCCUGGAAUCAGUUCCAAAAAGCGCUCGAAAUCGACGCCGGGUACGUGAGGGCGGAGAAAAAUUUAAAUUCAAUGAAAAAUUUGAUGGUGGAGCGGUGGCACUUCCGUAUGCUCAACGAUAAGACUCGCAAUGAAGGCUAUCGGGCCGCUAUUCAUGAAACUGUCAAGCCCAGUAAAUCUACUGUCUUGGACCUCGGCACAGGGACUGGCUUGCUAGCUAUGUUUGCUACAGAGUGUAAACCACUGCACAUCACAGCCUGUGACGGCUCAGAAGUGAUGACCACUCUCACCGACUGUGUUCUAGAGGACAACAGGCUACUGAUGUCCAUAGCUGUUGUGAAUAAAAUGUCUACUUCCAUGAACCACUUGGAUGUGGGAGGAAAACGUUCCCUCUUAGUGACUGAGCUAUUUGAUGCUGGUUUGUUUGGUGAGCAUAUCUUGCAAUCCCUGUCUCAUGCUUGGCUAAACUUGUUAACUAGUUCUGCACAAGUCAUCCCGCACAGUGCAGAGUUUUUUGUACUAGGAGCUCAUUCUGAUAUGCUCAGUGCUAAAUACCAGUUGCAGCCAAAUCCUAAAUCACUUCUCAACAUGCAAGAAUAUAAUAUUCACAUUUUAUCAUGCGAUGAAACUUACGAUUGUGAAGACGUGCAUCUGUACCAGGAUAUCAAGUACAUGACGGAGGCUGCCAAAGUUGUUAGUGUUGAUUUCACAAAUCUGAAUGAUAUUCAGGACAAACUCAACCGUGCUGAGCCAUAUUCCGUUGAGUUGAAAGCAUUGGAGAGUGGACAGAUAAAUGCUCUCAUAGGUUGGUUUAAUUUGUACCUGACUCCCAAAAUAACUAUCACAACAGAUCCAAGAAUUAAAAAUAGAGCAAAUGCAUGGCAACAAGCUGUAUUCUUUGAUUUCCUGCCUAGGAACCUCAUAGAACAUGAAACUUUCAGUGUCGAUUUUUUAAUGAAUUCCGGUAAAAUAACUAAGCAAUCGGAUCAUGGUAUUAACACAAUGAGAAUCUCACCAGAAACUCUUAGAUUUCUGAACGAUACUGACUAUAUAAGGAUGAUCAAAAGUUGCAUUGGAAUGGCUUACGUGUACCUCGGGCAGAUGACCGAGAUCUCUGAUAUCAAAGUUGUUGAUUUAUCUCCAUUCCCUCUGUUCGGAUUGUUCAUGCUGAAACGAGGCAUUCACUCCUUAAUUUGCUACGCUAAAACUGAACAUGACAGACAAUUCCUGGAAGCUGUUUUCCACACUAAUGAUAUAGACCUGUCCCGAAUGACUGUCUUAUUGGGGGAUGAAUGGACCCAAGAGCACUUUGGAGAGGAGAAAUAUCAUGCAAUAUUCUGUAACAUUUUUGAGCUGUGUGGGGAUAUAGAUGUACGAUACAAAGAAAUAGCUGAAUAUUUAAGAAACACCCAUCUCGUACAAGGGGGACUUUUCAUGCCAUCGACUGUAUCACUGAUAGCACAAAUAGUUAGCAGCAAUUGGUUAGAUAUAAACAACAGGGUAUAUGAUGAGAAUGUGGGCUACAAAAUUUCUACACACAUUAACAAGUAUCAAGUAUCGCAGAACUUUUGUCUGGACUUUACUAAUUUAGAAUACACGCCAAUGUCAGACCCGAUCGUUCUGGGGAAUUGUAACCAUUUGUCCUCUGAUGUUGUCAAUGUGACGAUAAAGAAUGAUGGUGAUGCGAAUGCUAUACUGUGCUGGUACAACAUUGAGUUGAUGGAGAGUUUGGAAGAAAUUUCGACAAAUAGACCCUACAGUUUCAUUGAAGGUACAGCGUUUCUGGCAAAUCCAAUUAUACCCAUGACCAAGGGCAGUAUUGCAAAUAUAUUGUGUUGUGUAGACUCUGAUGGCUCUUACAAAUUGAUGAUGGAUCUUGAAACUACAUAAAGAUCUGUAAAGCCAGCAUUAUUCUGAAAAUAUACUGAGAUGGCAAUUGUGGGGACAAAAGUAUCCCACUGAUAAGUAGGAGAAGUUUUGUCAUAAUAUGACAACAGAAUUUUUUAAACUUCCCAUUUUUGUACAAUGGAAGUACUAAUACUAAUUUGAUCAUACAGUAUUUAGACCUCUAGACUCAGAUCUAAAAGGAGUGUGGUCCUUAUUUUUUUUUGGAAAAAAGUUAUUAUUACUUUUCAACCUUCUCCUUUUCUUCUCUAUGGCUCUUUGUACUGUGGCUUUGUGUUCCGCAAUAAUUCCGCCAAUGUCGACUCAGUGGAGAAAACAACGUGGCAAUUGCUUGUCGUUUUUCGGAUUCCUUUCUUGAGAGACUUUUCCUAUCCUUUGUUAGAUUUAGAUAGAGAAGAUUUUUGUAAUAUAAAUAUGUAGUAGAGAACACUCCAUUUAUGAACACUAGCACAACAAUAUUAUUUAGACUUUUGAAUCUCUGAUAUUAAAUCUAGGGUUUAUCAAGCUGGCAAAAGUUGGAAAUUAAUGAGCAACUCUGACUAGUUUGGACUUUUACCAGGAAGAUUUGGUAAAUCAUAGGUUUUACUGUAUUGCAUUUACAGUUAUAUAUUUGUGUAUAAAUAUUAAUAUAAGUAUACCCCAUUUCACUGAGAUGGCUUGUGAGGUAGAGUAAGUUGUGGGAGGGUGACAACGUAACUAUCAAGGAAUUCAACAUCGCUGUCAAUCUCCCUUGUAACCUACAUCUUAAGCCAGGAGUGGUCUCAGUGAAGCGGAAGGUAGACCUAUAAUUUUUAGGGUUCCGUACCUCAAAACGAAAAACGGAACCCGUAUAGGAUCACUUUGUUGUCUGUCUGUCUGUCUGUUUAGUUAGUUUAGUGUCUUCUUACAUGUAAGAAUAAAAUAUCAAUCUCAUAAUAUGUGUGCCAUGCGAUUGUAAAUACAGGGAUAGAAUUUACUUAUAGUGCAUAUAUUUUGAGAGCACACUCGGCAUAUUUGCUUUAUGUGUCAACUCAAUUAUCAUGUUAAAAGUACAAUCUUAGUACUUAAUCUAACGGUAAACCGUACAUUUUCUCAAAACUUACGCAUUUAUACAUGUUUUUAGCAAAAAAAUCACUAUCAAUCCAGAUAAAUGUAAAACCCAAAGUUGAUGGAGUUUGAGUGCCAAAACACUUCCCUGUCAAAGUGAAAUGGUUCUUAAUCACUUAAGUUUAAAGCUCAAGUUCGUCCAUCAAGCAGCCAGCACUCCCAAGUGGAAACUU